AUGGGUUCCCGUGAUGAUGAAUACGACUACCUGUUCAAGGGUAAGGCAUUUGUUAAUUGUAUACGUUUGAAAUUUAGAUUUGGGUGCCUGUUGAGUACUAAUUAUUCGAUUUUAGUCGUUCUGAUCGGAGAUUCGGGUGUUGGAAAGUCAAAUCUCUUGUCGCGUUUCACUCGUAACGAGUUCAAUUUGGAGUCGAAAUCCACGAUCGGAGUCGAAUUUGCCACGCGCAGCAUUCAGGUAGGUUGAUAACGGGGUUUCGGCGGAUAGGUGUUUCAAGAUGUGUUUGAAAUAAUACUUUGGGUAUUUUCAGGUUGAGGGUAAAGUCGUGAAAGCACAGAUUUGGGAUACAGCCGGGCAAGAGCGUUACAGAGCCAUCACUUCGGCCUAUUAUCGUGGCGCCGUCGGAGCUUUGUUGGUCUACGAUAUUGCGAAGCACGUGACCUACGAGAAUGUGGAGCGUUGGCUGAAGGAACUGCGUGAUCACGCCGACCAGAACAUCGUGAUCAUGUUGGUGGGCAACAAGUCGGAUCUUCGUCACCUCCGCGCCGUCCCCACCGAAGAGGCGACCGCUUAUGCGGAGAGAAACCAACUCUCCUUCAUCGAGACCUCUGCCCUCGACUCCACCAACGUCGAACGGGCCUUCACCAACAUCCUGACCGAGAUCUACAAGUCGGUUUCGACCCGACAAGUGCCCCCAGACCGUCUGGCACCUAUCCACAGCCAAAACAAUAUCACUCUCUCCGCUUCGAACGACCAACAGUCGAAGAAACAGUGCUGUAAUCUCUCCUCCUAA